AUGUUCUCUUCAUUCUUCGCCGUCCUCUUAUCUUCAUUCUCUGUUUCUUUUUUUUUCAUUCUUCUUCUUCAUUAUCUCCUUCUCUUCAUUCUUCUUAUUCCUCUUCUUCUUCUUUUUCAUUCUUCUUCUUCUCCUCUUUUUCUGCAUCCUUCAUCCUUCAUUACUCUUCGCUUCCCUCUCAUUUAUGAUUCUCCUUCUUUGACAUCACCCUCUCUUCUUCGUCUUCUUUUCUUCGUUCUUCUUUUUUUUCUAAACGUCUUUCUGCAUGUAUUCUUCUUCAUCUUAUUUUCAAUCUUCUUCUUCGUCGUUUUCUAUUCAUUCUUCUUCUUUUUCUCGGAAUCCUUCUUCGUUGUCGUCUCCUUUUUUUCACUUAUUUUUUUUUUAUUUUUGUAUUCCAAUGUUCUUUAUUCUUUAUUUUUUUUCUUAUUUUUCUUCCUUUUUCUUCGACUUCUUUCACCUUUUUCAUUUUUGUAUUCUAAUCAAUUUAAUCUCUGUUUUUCCUACUGUUAUUUCAAUCUCUUCUUCUUGUUCUUGUUCUUGUUCUUGUUCUUGUUCUUGUUCUUGUUCUUCUUCUUCUUCUUCUUUCACUUUUUUCAUUUUGCAUUCCAAUGUAUUUAUUUCUAUUUUUCUUCUCUUUGUUUACAUCUAUAUUCUUCUUUUUUUUCUUCUUCUUUCUUCUUCUUUCUUUUCUUUCUUUUCUUCUUCUUUCUUUUUCAUUUUUGCAUUCCAAUGUGUAUUUAUUUCUAUUUUAUUUUCUUGUUUACAUCUAUAUUUCUUCUUAUUCUUCUUUCUUCUUCUUCUUCUUCUUCUUCUUGUUUUCUUCUUCUUCUUCUUCUUUUCACUUUUUUUUCUUUUUCAUUUUGCAUUCCAAUGUAUUUAUUCUCUAUUUCUCCUUCUCUUGUUUACAUUAUAUUCUUUUCUUCUUCUUUUUCUUCUUCUUCUUCUUCUUCUUCUUUUCACUUUUUUUCAUUUUUGCAUUCCAAUGUAUUUAUUUCUAUUUUUCUUCUAUUGUUUACAUCUGUUUCUUUUCUUCUUCUUCUUCAUUUUCUUCUUCUUCUUCUUCUUUCUUUUUUUUUUUCAUUUUUUGUAUUCCAAUGUAUUUAUUCUCUAUUUCUCCUUCUCUUGUUUACAUUCUUUAUUCUUCUUCUUCUUCUUCUUCUUCUUCUUCUUUUAUUUUUUUUCUUUUUCAUUUUUGCAUUCCAAUGUAUUUAUUCUCUAUUUCUCCUUCUCUUGUUUACAUCUAUUUUCUUCUUCUUCUUCUUCUUCUUCUUCUUCUUCUUCUUCUUUCACUUUUUCAUUUUUGCAUUCCAAUGUAUUUAUUCUCUAUUUCUCCUUCUCUUGUUUACAUCUAUUUUCUUCUAUUUUCUUCUUCUUCUUCUUCUUCUUCAAUUUUUCUUUUUUUUUCAUUUUUGCAUUCCAAUGUAUUUAUUCUCUAUUUUUCCUUCUCUUGUUUACAUCUAUAUUCUUCUUCUUCUUCUUCUUCUUCUUCUUCUUCUUCUUCUUCUUCUUUUUCACUUUUUCAUUUUUGCAUUCCAAUGUAUUUAUUCUCUAUUUCUCCUUCUCUUGUUUACAUCUAUAUUCUUCUUCUUCUUCUUCUUCUUCUUCUUCUUCUUCUUUUUCAUUUUUUUUCAUUUUUGCAUUCCAAUGUAUUUAUUCUCUAUUUCUCCUUCUCUUGUUUACAUCUAUAUUCUUCUUCUUCUUCUUCUUCUUCUUCUUCUUCUUUUCUUUUUUUCAUUUUUGCAUUCCAAAUGUAUUUAUUCUCUAUUUCUUUUCUUUUUUACAUCUAUUUUUUCUUCUUUUCUUCUUCUUCUUCUUCUUUCAUUUUUCAUUUUUGCAUUCCAAUGUAUUUAUUCUCUAUUUCUCCUUCUCUUGUUUACAUCUAUUUUCUUCUUCUUCUUCUUCUUCUUCUUCUUCUUCUUUCUUCUUCUUCUUCUUCUUCUUCUUUCACGUUCGUUUUUUUCAGAGUUGGAAACCAAUUAUUUAUUAUCUAUUUUUCAUUCUGUAGUUUUCAUCUAUCUAUCUAUCUAUCUAUCUAUCUAUCUAUCUAUCUUCUUCUUUUUUUUCUUUUUUAACAUUUCUUAUUCUUGUCUUCCAAUAUGA